AUCUGAGGGGGGUGGGAACCGUGUAAUAGGGGCGGGGGGAAGAAAAACGUUCUUAAAAAAAUAUUAAAAAGAAAACAUCCCACUUGGCAGCGAGUGCGCGGGAAGUUCAGCGAGCGAGUUCCGGGCUUCCCGCCCGCCCGCAGAAGACCGCCGGUGAGCCCCCAGCCUCCGCCUGACCCUCCGCUCCGCCGUGUCCGUCAGUCAGUCGCUCUGUUGCCCCUUCGUAGCCAGAUCGGUGGCCGUGGGGACCUUUGGAUAAGGGUGUUGCCUGAGCUGGGGGAGCUGUGUCUGAACUCCAUUGCUUGGUCUUUGUGUGGUGAUCCCGAGGCCUCCACACUUGAGCCGGGCCAAAGCUGUGGCCUACUACCCCUCACAGGGAUUGCUCCAAGAGUUCCAGGGGACAGGCUCACAGUGGCAAGGACAAGGAGAUGAGUGUAGCAGCCAAGUACCGCAUGGCCUCCCUGUAUGUGGGUGACUUGCAUGCAGAUGUCACCGAGGACCUGCUGUUCAGGAAGUUCAGCGCCGCGGGGCCCGUGCUGUCCAUCCGCAUCUGCAGGGACCAGGUCACCCGCCGCUCUCUGGGCUAUGCCUACGUGAACUUCUUGCAGCUGACUGAUGCCCAGAAGGCGCUGGACACAAUGAACUUUGACAUCAUAAAAGGCAAAUCCAUCCGUCUCAUGUGGUCUCAGCGUGAUGCCUACUUGAGGAGAUCUGGAAUUGGGAACGUGUUCAUCAAGAAUCUGGACAAAUCUAUCGAUAACAAAACCCUUUAUGAACAUUUUUCAGGUUUUGGAAAGAUUCUUUCCUCCAAGGUGAUGAGUGAUGAUCAAGGUUCCAAGGGCUAUGCAUUUGUGCACUUUCAGAACCAGAGUGCUGCAGACAGGGCCAUUGAGGAGAUGAAUGGAAAACUACUCAAGAGCUGCAAGGUAUUUGUUGGCAGAUUCAAAAACCGAAAAGAUCGUGAAGCUGAACUCAGAAGCAAAGCCAGUGAAUUCACCAAUAUUUACAUCAAAAACUUUGGAGGCGACAUGGAUGAUGAGAGAUUGAAGGACGUUUUCAGCAAAUAUGGCAAAACUCUGAGUGUUAAGGUGAUGACAGAUUCCAGUGGGAAAUCCAAAGGCUUUGGCUUUGUGAGUUUCGAUAGCCAUGAGGCUGCCAAGAAAGCUGUUGAAGAAAUGAAUGGAAGGGACAUAAAUGGGCAGCUGAUUUUUGUAGGCCGGGCGCAAAAGAAAGUAGAGCGACAGGCUGAGUUAAAGCAAAUGUUUGAGCAGCUGAAAAGGGAACGAAUUCGUGGGUACCAGGGAGUAAAGCUCUAUGUUAAGAACCUUGAUGACACCAUUGAUGAUGAAAAACUACGAAACGAAUUUUCUUCAUUUGGAUCAAUUAUUAGAGUUAAGGUAAUGCAGCAAGAGGGCCAGAGCAAAGGGUUUGGCUUCAUCUGCUUCUCCUCUCUAGAGGAUGCUACUAAAGCAAUGAUAGAGAUGAAUGGCUGCUUCUUGGGCUCCAAACCUAUUAGCAUUGCCUUGGCCCAGAGUUAUUAGGAAAGAUAAACAUACCUUCCCAGUUAGCAUCUGCAACAGUUGGGGAAAUGAUAGUGAUCUCUGCCUGAACUGACCUCAGUAAAUUUCAUAUUCCACAUGAUGGGUGCUUAGUUUAGUGAAUUUUAUGAUGAAACGUUUUUUAUACAAAGCCAUUUUUUUCUUUUCUGGAAAAAUAAAUGGAGCUUAGUUCAUUUUACAGAGGCACAUUUUCUAAUUUUAAUAUUGCAUAUUUUUCUUAUUUUGAUGUUGUGUUCAUAGCAAUAAGUAUAAAUAGAAAUAUCUUUAUUACAUUUGAACCAAAUGAAAUAAGGUAAUUAUUUGAAUUUAUUGCAUAUUUUAUUUUAGUAAUAUUGCUAGCUUUAAUUUCUUCUAUGAAAAUAUGCUCAAAAUAGUUCUUACACCUAAAGAUUCCAAAGUAUUUUUACUGACAGAAAUUUUCUAAUUUUUCAUCCAAGUUUUGAGAAAUCAGACUUUUAGAAAUUUAUAGUAUGAAUUUAAAGAUCUAAUUUCAUUUUGAAUAAAUGCUUAAAGUACUCAGAUAUAGUUGAAUUUAUUUUAAAUUUAUAUCCUGACAUGCUUGUUUUUCGGAUGGUUUAAAUUAAGAUGAUGGAGGUUUUUAAUGUUGCCUAAAAACUGGCUUUAUUUGUUUUGUUCUUUCCAUUAGUUGACUAUAAUUCAGGUACUUUCUUGUUAAUCUAAAUUGUAACUUGCACUGUAAAACCUUAACUUCUACAUUCCUUAAGUUAUAUAUCUGUAUCAACUCAGGUGAUCCAAAGUUGGCCUGGUCUUAAAUCUCUUCAUACCUAUACGGCUUAAUAUUUUCCCUUACAUUUUUACCAGAUGCUAUUAUUAUGAAAGUCAUGUAUACAGAUUGUAGAAAUUCUGUUUAAAAACUUUUAAAAUCUGUUUUAUAUCGUUUUGUGUAGUGAUAGUCUCUUAGGGUUCAGAAAAGUAAGUUCCUCUAUUUUUAUAAACUCACCUCUCCUUUUAUUAGACUAUGGCAGCUAUGUAACCCAUUAAGGUUCACUUUUAGCCUUCAUUGAUCAGAAAGUCACUGGCUGAUUUUCUGAUAAAAUGAAGUUACAUCACUUAUUCUGUUUUCUAGCAUAAUUUUUAGUUUAGGACCAUUCCCCUAUUUCCCUUUCUCUCCUGCCUUUCAUCUAUAUUCCUCAGCUUUUUAAAAUACUUUCUAAAGGAUUUUUUUUUUUUUAAUGUUGGCUUUUAAUAUGUGCUGCUUCAAAUCCAUUGGGAAAUCUUGGCAAGAGUUUUUUAUUUACAUUUAAAUAAUUGCUUUACAAAUUCUGAUUCAUACCAAAGGUACCUAGCAAGCAAGUGCUUUUGUUUUUACUGUUUUUAUAUUUUUACUUGGCUUAGUUGUUUCUUAUAACUAUUAUUCACAUCCUCUAUUUCAUAUAUUACUAAUAUAAAAGAAAUACUAAAAUAUUUUUUGGCAAUACCUCAGCUUAUGAAUGAGAAAAAUUUGUUACCUUUUAUUUUUAUAGAAAUUAUGCGUAUAUUCUUUGCACAUUUUCUAAAAUAAAAAUAUUUUAGGCCAUAAAAAGAUUGCAUAUAAUUGUAUUAUGCAAACCAAUUCCCUAUUAUAAUUUGUUACAUAUUUUUCUAUUUUUGUUCUCUCUCUACAUAUAUACAUACACCUAGGUAAUUUACGAAAAAUAGGAUAAUAUUACCAAUGUUGUUUGAAAUUGUUUUCUUAAUUAAACAAUAUGAUAUGGUCAACUUCUAUGCUCACAAUAAUCAUUUGUGUUAUAAUCUGAGUGAUUUUUAUGUUUUGUUCAAUGACUGUACCAAAAUAUAACUAAUUUCUUAUUGAUAAACUUAUAUGUUGCUAGAUAAUUUCUUCCUUUUUUCUUUCUUCCUCUAUCAUAAAUAACUUAGAGAUUAACAUCCUUGCAAACUUGUAUAUGCAAAUAUGUCUGUUUUCUUAAGAAAAUGUUUAGAAGUGGAAUUAAUGGCUAAAAAAGAAUCAGUUUUAAAAAGUAAUUUUGAUAAAUAUUGCUUAAAUGCUGUCCAGAAUACUUGGGGCACUUACAUUUCCAUUGUCAUUGUAGGAGAAUGCCUGUUUCCAUAUGCUCCAAGAAACAAGGGUUUUUUAAAAAAGCUAUUGGUCAAUUCAACAUGAUAUAUAAAACAAACCAUUUCGUCAUUGCUUUAUUUCACUUUUGUAAAUUACAAAAAUUAAACAGCAUUUGUGUACUCACUGACCAUUUGUAUUUUCAUACUUAUGAGUUAAUGUCUCAUGAUCAUAAUUUAUUUUCUUGUUGGAGUGUUUUUUAUUUACAUGGAUUUUUAGAUUUCUUUGCAUAUUACGACAACAUUUUAGACUUUUUCCCCUGAUAUUUCAUUUUCUUUACAGUCUUGAAGGUUAUUCAAAAUUAAAUGUUAAGCUGGAAAGUUUCAGUAUUUUACUUAAAUGACUUUGAUGUCAUGCUUCAAAAUAUUUUGAACACUUUAAAUAUAUACAUUCACACAAAUAUAUAUACAUCCACACAAUUUAUCUGUAUUGUGUUUAUGACUUUCAGAAUUUCGUAUUCUCCAUGCUUCUAACUAAAAUUUUGGUGCAUAAAAAGUAUCUUAUAUAAAACCUAUAGUAAAUCUUUAAAAAAUAUGCUUUUCCAUCUUUAAUAACAUAUGUUUUGGUAAAUACCUGAUUCAGAGAGCCAAUGAAUUAGAGUCGGCAUAUGAGUUUCACAUAGAUUCUUAUACUAAGUAAGUAUUUACCAAAACAUAUAUUAGAAGCAGAAAGUUGUUAAAAAGGUUUACCAGACAAGAAGACUGGAAAGUGUAUUAAGUGUGCCUGACCUUGACAUCUUAUUCUGUAUAAUCUAGUCUCCAUCUUAAUUCAAAAAAGCUAAUCUGUAAAACUGUUCAAAUAUUUGAACAAUAUUUGAUAAUGCUUACAUAUAUUUUCAAGAUAAUAUCAGGAAACAAGAGUUCUGUCAUCUAUAUAAGGAAUUAAUAGGACAUAACAUCAGAUGUCUAGAUGAAUUAUAGCUGUGCCUAAUUACACAAUAAUCUGCCUUCUUAGUAGAAAUUGCUUAUUUCCAGCAUUUACUGUAAAAAAGUGACUAAGUCGGUUUACAAAAAUAUACAAUCCUAUGGAUUUCUUUAAUUCAUUUAAAUUUUGUUCAUUCUAAUUCUUUUUGGUGUGUGAUAAUAGCAAGUUAUCUUAGUGGAAAAUACAGAUUCAUUCAUUAAAGAAUAUUAAAUCUUUUGUGCCCAAGUGCCUUAAUAAAAUAAGUAGAAUCUUAACUUUUCUGAUAAGCAUUCCAGUAAAAACUAAUGUACAUAGAUAUGCCUUGAGCCACUGUUUCUACUUUCAUCUUUCUCUCCACACAUAUUGCCAUGUCUGCUGUGUAGUUGCCUGCUUAUGUGUACAGCCAUUUCAAUAAAUAUAUUAUUUUAACAUUUUGUCUUUUCAAUUUCAAAUAGGAAUUUAUAGUUGGUAAAAAUAAAAAUUUUAAAGUGAUUUAAUAUUGUCAUUUUCAUGUUCUCAAUAGUGUUAUAGAUCCCCUGAGAAAAUGUCAAAUAAAAUAUAAUAUUUCAGAGGUGAAA